UAUUAGUGUCCAAAUAAAUAAAAUCCUAUCUUCGUCCACAGACUCAUAAGAGAUUAACGGAUUUUACAAAUCAAAACUCACUUUCAAAUUGCAAAGCAGAAAUCAGCUAAAUAAACAGGAAAAAUGGACGCAAUUGACUCAGUUUUUGAUCCGCUAAGGGAGUUCGCUAAGGACAGUGUCCGUCUCGUCAAGAGAUGCCACAAGCCGGAUCGCAAAGAAUUUACGAAGGUGGCGUUCCGUACAGCGAUCGGAUUCGUGGUUAUGGGAUUUGUAGGAUUUUUCGUCAAGCUCAUCUUUACCCCAUUAACAACAUUAUUGUUGGAUCCGGUUAGGUAAGGCUUGCUUUCAUGUUACUGACUCAACAGCACAGAUCGAGAGAUAAAUUGCCUGAGAUCUCGAACUAAUUUCAGUAUAGACUUUGGUUUUCCUCUAUAUUCAUAUUUGUUGGAUUUGGGUUUAGUUUUUAGUGUUGAAAUGGAAACUACUUGAAGCAAAUACAAUCCUUGAGUUUUGGUCCAAUGUUUAUGUUUUUUCCUUGUAUCAAUGCUCAUCCAUGGUAAAAGUACCAUGGAUGUCCUUUUGCAAGUAGUCAAAUUAUGUGUUAUAUUCUCUCUGCUCAAAAAAUGGGCAAAUUAGUUCAUGUAUGUUAAGUCACUUGAGUCUACCUAUUCAAAAUUUCAUCCAUUUUUUGCUAUUAAAAA